AUGUAUAUUUCAGAUCUUCUAUACGAAAAUUACAUUCCGAACGACCCAACUAAACAGGACAGUAUACUACGAAAGCUGUCGGAUUAUUGUGGGAAACCCAUGUAUAAUAUAACCACUGAAGAUGAGGAACCGCCCUAUAUGUGGGACUUCUAUCACUCGCUGUUUUUCUCGUAUACCGUUGUCAGUACUAUCGGCUACGGAAAUUUAUCCCCGACAACACAUCUAUCCAGAAUCCUGAUGAUCUUCUACGGUUUAUUCGGGAUCCCGAUCAAUGGUAUCUUACUUGCCAACCUCGGAGAAUACUUCGGGCUUCAGCUAAUCUCCGUCUACCGAAAAUACAAGAGACGCAAUGAAAAGCGCGCAGAUAAAUUAGAUUACUUCUUCAAUAAUCUGGGCAUGCUGGGUCAGAUUUUCCUCUACCUGGUUCCUGGUUUUCUGUUCUUCAUUUUCCUGCCAGCUUGUAUUUUUGUCGUCUUCGAGGGAUGGGAUUUUGUAGCUGGUGUCUAUUACGCGUUUGUUACAUUGACAACUAUUGGCUUCGGUGAUUUGGUUGCCGGCACAGUGAACAAUGGUUUCAAACAAGGAUACUUUCUCACCUACCAAAUAUUCCUUCUCGUUUGGAUUACCUUCGGCCUUGGGUACAUAGUAAUGUUACUUGGAUUUAUUACAAGUGGCAUGAGAUCAGAAAAAGUCCACAAAAUCGAACAAAAAUUUGCCAACCAACUUAAAUCAACUCAAAGCAAAAUACUGCAAGGAUUCACACGAGAUCUUGCUGCUAUAAGGAAGAUAAUAAAUGAAGCAAAUUUAAUUAAAUUGAAGCCCGUCUAUGUCGAGCCAAAACCACAUCUACAUAGAAGUGCCAGUUGCCCAAUACUUACAUUCGAUGUUGAACCAAGAGGGUCAAUACCAAAACGAAAAAGGGCUAAUUCCGAAAAUAUACAACUAUCAACGAAAGAUAUCCUUCGAAUACAAUCGGAUACUGAUUUGCUCGGUAUUGACAAAGAGAAAACUUUUACAGCACAAGCUAUUGUUAAGCCUGCUGAACUUUUAGCAAGAGUUGUAAAUGUAUUGGGUGGCUUCAACCAAGUACAAGACAGAGGCAUUAAUAUCUUCGAUGAUGACCAGAUUUUGGCCAGUGAAAACCCUCCGGUGUUUAGCAUAGGUCAUGAUAUUCUUACCAAACGAACAAGAGCAUGCAGUGUAGCAGUACCAAAUUACAGAAAAGAAUCUGUUGCCAAAUUCAAUCAUGACUUGACAUGGACAAAUGGUGAUACAGCAGAAAAAUUUAGAAAGGAAGCAAAUAUUCGGACCGGAAAGUUAUCCCUUCCUACAGCUGUGGCACCCACUGAAGAUAUGCAACCAAAGAGCCUGUUUGCAAGAUUAUUUAGGAAACCUAGUUCCGGUGAAAGUCCUGCAGAAUAUAUUAAAAAUACUAUGAAAGGAAGAGUAAGUGCAGCGCAAGCAAGUGAUAAACCAAAACAAACUAGUAUGUACCCACUAUCGUAUGGACUCAGUGAAGAAGAAAGAAGUGACUUAGAAGAUUACAAAGAAAAGACCAAACGGGGAAGACACAGUAUUUUCCCAACUUUUGAUUUUUCUGAAGACGAAGACACAGCAGCCAUGAGAUCAUACCAAGAGAAGCCGAAACGACAUAGUAUAUUUCCAACAUUUAAUUUCAAUGAAGAUGAAAAUGAUGAGGCAAAAGCUUACAAAGAACGAACAAAACAUGGGCGAUAUAGCAUAUUCCCUACAUUUGAUUUUAACGAACAAACUAGUAACGAUGAAGAUACCAUGGACGAAGAUGAAAUACAGAGAUAUCAAAACCGCACACGAAAAGGUCGAACAAGUUUAUUCCCGACCUUUAGCAAAUCUAAGAAAAAUGAUGACGAUACGUUACCCGAAAGUUCUGAUGAAUUAGUCAACUACAAGGAAAAGACGAAACAUGGACGUAGCAGUCUCUUUCCAACCUUUGGAAAGAGUCGAAAAACUAGUUCUCCUGAUGACUGUUCGACAGACUUAGAAAAAAGUAUCAGACAGUACCAAAACCAAACAAAGCGUGGUCGCAACAGCUGUUUUGCGGGCACGUCGACGGACUUUACCAGUGAAUUAGAAAGUUAUAAGAACAGAACUAAACGCGGUCGGCCAAGUCUAUUUGAUCCAGACGUAAACUUGUCCAAUCUACCAGAAAACGAACAAGUGGAAGUUCUUGAAAAUACUAGCGUCGCAGAUUUGUUACGUGCACUAGCUGUUUUAGAAACUGCGAGUCCAUCUAGCAAUCAUCCGAUACGACCUGAUAACAACCUUCCAACAAUUCCUUGUAGGGAUUUGGAUGAGCAAGUUGGGUCAAGACGUAGAAGGGUCAGUGCUCGACUUGCAGCGCCCCAAUUUACCCCAACCUUGGCGACGGUAGUAGCAGGUGCUGAAUUGCAAAUAACAGCAGCUUCACAAAGGGAGACUAGAAUGACGAUGCUGACGCAGCCUCCUCCUCCGUACACUGAGACUGAGGAUUACCAGCCCCGUGCUAGAAGAUAUUCCCCUGCAUCGUCAGGAUCGUCCACUGCUCCUGUACCAAGACCAUAUUCUAGAAACCGUAAGGAAAGUCAAGAUGACUCCAGACGCGGUAGUUUAACAGAUAUUGUGAUAGAUAGUAACAAAGACAAAAGUUAG